AUUAAAAACAGUAAAUUAAAUGAAUGCUGACAGAGGAGAGUUUAUUGAAAAUUGCUGAUGGAUGCAAAAUUGUGUUACUCAAAUAAAUCACGCAAAUUGAAAAUUCUACAAGGGUAGUAUGGUCGACGUCUAAAACUACUGCAUCCCACGCUGCAGUCGCGAAUGCUUUUUUAUGAUCCCUCGCUGAAGUCUAUGGGUGUUGGUUAACUUCGCUGCUUAAACCCGCUUGCGCGCUGGCUUGGUGAAGAGUCGCUGACCGAAGAGCUCCAGGGGCUUCGGUGUAUCAAAUGGCUUUUUAUUGGGCCUGUGCCGCUGACGUAAAUUCAUGUAGAUUGUGGAUUUUCGAAUGAAGAAAAUCGCAUUGUCGGUGGAAAACCAACAGGAGUAAACCAAUUCCCAUGGAUGGCUCGAAUCAUUUAUGAUGGCAAAUUUCACUGCGGAGGAUCUUUGUUAACAAAAGACUACGUCAUUUCAGCAGCUCAUUGUAUAAAAAAAUUAAGAAGAUCCAAAAUCAGAAUAAUAUUUGGCGAUCAUGACCAACAAAUAACAUCUGAGUCUCAAGCAAUCCAACGUGCGGUAACUGCUGUCAUAAGGCAUAAAAACUUUGAUUCAGAUACCUAUAACAACGAUAUUGCAUUGUUGAGACUAAGAAAACCUAUAAUAUUUUCGAAAAUAAUUAAGCCAGUUUGUCUUCCUCGAUAUAACUAUGAUCCAGCAGGACGUAUAGGAACUGUCGUUGGUUGGGGCCGUACAUCCGAAGGAGGAGAACUACCUUCAAUCGUUAAUCAAGUAAAAGUCCCAAUAAUGUCUCUUGCAGAAUGCCGAACUCAAAAAUAUAAAAGCUCACGAAUAACGUCAACUAUGUUAUGUGCUGGAAGGCCUCAUAUGGACUCUUGUCAAGGGGAUAGUGGCGGACCUCUUUUAUUAUCGAAUGGUGUAAAAUAUUUUAUAGUAGGUAUUGUAUCGUGGGGUGUUGGAUGCGGACGAGAAGGUUAUCCCGGCGUUUACACACGUAUAAGUAAAUUUAUUCCUUGGAUUAAAUCUAAUUUAGAAAAUACUUGCUUGUGUUCUUAG